UCUGUCCAUGAAUCUUCUACCGCGCAGGCGCAGUUAUGACGUGACGUAAUUGUCCAUUCAUACUUUUUGUUCAUUCAAUGAGACAAAUAUUUUAUUGACGAAGUGUUGUGUAAAUCAAAUUACAACUGUGACUGUCCAAGUCAAAUCUAAUAUGAGUUAUAUUUUGCUUUAUAAUUCAGUGAAGUGAAUAUUUGUGUUAACUAGGCGUAAAGUGCAUUCAUUGAUAAAAUAAAGUGCACAUAUUGAGCACAUGCGCAAUGCAACUAAAAAUUCAUUCGAUUUUAACUGUGCUUCGAAUCCUGAAGGAUGUGGGAAAAUAAAACUGUUUACAUAUUUUCUUGUGUUCAUAUCGGAUCUGCCCAGUUACUUAGAGCUUGUUAAAAACAGGCUCAAGUAGAACAUUACGACACUCCGGAAGUGGCGGGACAAGCCGGCCGAGGGGCUCGUUCCGAAAGAGAUAACAGCGGAUGAAAGAGAUAAACAGUUAUGGAUUUAACAUGGCGGACGAAACGCGUAAAGUGCGAGUAGAAGAAAGAUUGAAAAUUAAGAUUGGUGAAGCUAAGAAUCUACCCGCUCGCAACAAUGGCGCCGCCUGCCAGCGUGACAUAUACUGUGUGCUGUCACUCGACCAAGAGGAGAUAUUUCGCACUUCCACUAUGGAGAGAACACUUAACCCAUUUUUCGGCGAGGAAUUCCAGUUCGAGGUACCGCGAAGAUUCCGAUAUCUGUCCAUAUACGUGUUCGAUCGCGACAAACAUCUCAAACAAGACAAAGUACUCGGCAAAGUUGCUAUCAAGCGGGAGGAUUUACAGCGAUACAACAAUAAAGACCACUGGUUUGCUCUGCGGCCAGUGGACGCAGACUCAGAGGUUCAGGGAAAGGCCUACAUUGAACUCACUCUCGAGGAUUCGAGGAAACGGUUGCGAAUGGACCCGAAACCGCCCGAUCCGGACGCGAAUGCCGACAACUUCUCGACGAAGACGAAAGCUAAUAAUCUCACUAGACUAUCGGAAUAUUGUAAAGAGAGCAUGAGGUUUGGAUCGUGCUCUAGCUCGACGAGCAAAAAACUUCUCAGUUCUGUUUCGACGGAACCGUCGCUAGCCUUGUCGCGGUCGGAGAGUUUAAAAGAUCGCGCACAAUGGGCUGUGCGGACGAAACCUCCGAUGCAUGCGAUGUCGGAACCCGAUGCAUCACCCACACCCACCGCCGCCGACUACUGGUCGGAUCCAGAAAGACAUUGUGCCGCCCGCGUAGGUCCUGACACUUUAAGACUUCGAGUGUUAGAAUGUUCAGAACUUACUACAAAAAACGGUCAAUGUGACCCCUUCGCUCUCGUUACGUUAUUGUAUUCAAAUGGACGAAGAGUCGAAAAACGCACAAAACCCAAAAAGAAGACGGUCAAUCCACAAUUUGAUGAAAUUUUUUGUUUCGAUCUAGUAAUGGAAGCCGAUCCUAAAGAUAAAGAUGGCUCACAAACGGCCGGAGUAGCUUGUGAAGCGAGGGUGUCUGUUUGGCACGACGGGGCUACACCCGUGUUCCUUGGCGAAGUGCGAUUACAAUUGCGGCAGCCCGCACCCGCUCCUCUUUGCGCAUGGUUCUUCCUGACGUCGCGCGCGGGCGGCGCCCUGUCUCGCGGCGCCACCCCGCCAGGCACGCGCCUGUCGGCAGCGGGCAGUGCCACGCUGGGCUCACUGCGGCUGCUGCUGCAGUACACCGUCGACCACGUCUUCCCGCUGCACCACUACACACAACUGGAGGAACUAUUCCUCAGGAGUGUCCAUCAAAAGCCAAUCACGACAUCGGCUGUUUACAUUCUCGGUGAGAUAGUAUCAAGCAAGACGGAUGCGGCACAGCCAUUGGUACGACUGUUCACACACCACGACCUUAUCGUUCCCAUCGUGAAGGAGCUCGCCGAUGCAGAGAUAUCUGUCCUCACUGACGCGACGACCAUCUUCCGCGGUAACACGCUGGUGUCGAAGAUGAUGGACGAGGCGAUGCGGCUGACGGGCGCGUCGUACCUGCGCGGCGUGCUGCGGCCCACGCUGGCCGCCGUGCUGGCCGAGCGCCGGCCCUGCGAGAUCGACCCCGCGCGCGUCAAGCCCGCCGCCGCCGUCGCCGCCAACCUCGCCAACCUCAAGGACUACGUCGAGCGGGUGUUCGCGGCGAUCACGUCGUCGUACGCGCAGUGCCCGGCCGCCAUGUGCCGCCUGUUCGACGCGCUGCGGCAGUGCGCCGCGCGACACUUCCCCGCCAACGCGGAGGUGCGCUACUCCGUCGUCUCCGGCUUCAUCUUCUUGAGAUUCUUCGCGCCCGCUAUCCUCGGGCCGCGAUUAUUCGAUCUCACCACCGAACAAAUUGAUCCCCAAACAAAUCGAACGUUGACACUAAUCUCGAAGACGAUUCAGUCGUUGGGCAACCUUGUGAGCAGCCGCUCGGCACAGCAGGUUUGCAAGGAGGAGUAUAUGGCCGAACUCUACCGCAGCUUUUGCACACCCAGACAUGUACAAGCAAUAAAGCAGUUUUUGGAAAUAAUCUCUACAAGCUCAGACACGCAAAAUAAUAACGUGCAAGAGACACCCGUUCUACUAAAAGAGGGGACUAUGAUCAAGCGGUCGGAGGGCGUGCGCGGCGGUGCGGGCUCGCCGCGCCGGCGGUGGGCGCGCUCGGCGCAUCCGCACUGUAAGCGGAGACAUUUCAGACUCACUAGUGGGGAGUUGUCGUGGUCACGCUGCGGUGCGAAGGGCUCGGGCGCGCACCGCCUGGCGCUGGCCGGCGUGCUCAGCGUGGCGCCCGUGGACUGCCCGCCCGCCGGCGCACCACUCGACGCCAACAACAUCUUCCAAAUAGUGCACCGCGAGCGCGUGCUGUUCGUGCAGGCGAGUAAUUGUGUGGAACGCGCCGAGUGGCUGCGGCUACUGUCCGCGUUGUGCCGCCGCUCACCCGCUACGCUCCAUGCCGGAUACUAUGCUGACUCCAAGUGGACAUGCUGUGGGCGAUCAGAGCCGGACGCAGAGGGAUGUGGUAGCGGCGCGAGUGAGAGCGCAGAGGGCGAACGCGACGCCCCGCGGGGCACGGCCGCGCUCGCGCUGCGACUCGACCCCGCGCGAGACCUGCAACGUCUGCACGCUCAGCUCGUUGCACACGUGCACCGUCUCGACGAGCGCUUGCAUCGCCCGCCUGAUGAUACGAGUCUAGAAGAACGCGAAGCGGAAGCGGUAACUUUACGCGAAUUGCAAAAAAUUAUGUUCGAUCUUGAACAUCGUCACUGUAUAUAUCGAAGAUCGUUAGCGAGAGAAACAAAAUAUGGAAGCAAACAAGCUCCAAUUGGCGACGAUAAUUACCUUCACCUCGCAGGAGCCGCAAAUAACGUUGACAGUGGUUCCUUUUUCUGGCGACCGUGGCGUGGUGAUUCGUCGCCUACAAUCGAUUUAGAUGGCAAAACGCUUCCCCUGCAAACGCCAAACGACAUCUGCUCAAGUACUGAGUCGUUAAAACUAGCACGACACGGUGACGAGCGCUCUUCUGGCAAAUCGAACAAGUCCACCGGAAGCGGGUAUCUCACUAUGUCCUGCAUCAAACAUGAACCGUCCGAGGACAGUGACGCUUCGACUGAAAAGCCAGCAAGACCACCUAAACCCGCGCGCCUAUCUCCAUCGCGGGCGCCUCUUGUCUCGCCUGUCUUGCCGCUUUGCGAGUACGUCGAUGUCGAGCUAAAACCGCCGCUGCGUAGACCCAAGCCUGAUCUCACACCUACUAAACGACCGGAACAUGACAUCUCCAGUCGUUGCAGAGAAUACGAACUAAUGGCCAACUUUAUGAGCCACGCGCAUACAUCCGACGAUGAUGCUCCACCCGCUGUGCCUCCUCGUGGAAAUACGGCGUCUCGAGUGCGAGUGCAAGCUAAGCCAUUAGAAAUCGAUGUUACGAAAUCGGAUGAACACGCAACUUUCAGACACGAAAUUGUAUGUGGAUCAACAACGAGUCUUCCUGAAGGUACCAGCUCGGAAGAUCGAAGAAAUCUUCCGGAAGGCACCGAUGUUCGGCCGGCUAGCAAAAUUGAUACUGUAUCAAAUGACGAUAGCCUUCUUGAUGAAUUGCAACGAGAUACAUAUUGUGUUUUAAAAGUUUGUGAAGAUGAAGUACCAGAUUUCGACAAGAGUGAUAUUAAAUCUGAGGAAUCUACAGAUAUAAAAGAAAAGGAAGAAUACGGGAUGUUUUCAAGAAUAAGCUUGCAACGGAAAUCAAACCCUAUUAAAACACAAUCGAGCUCCAUAAAGCCUUUAAAAACUUCAAAUUCCACGUCAAACGUACAAGACGCUGGAUCUCAUUCCUCUCGCCCUCUCACCGAAAGACUAACGCCAUUCUUCUUAAAGAAAAAACCUAAGCCACCGGAGGAUUCACAAGCCUCAAGUAAAUGUACGAGAAAAGAGGAUAACCUGAUCGGAAGGUUGACUCCACGAUUUGGGCAGUCUCGUUUGUACAACCGUGGCCAGUCGCUGGAGCUUGCGACGCCAGAGAGUAGGACGAAACGUAUCGAGCGUUCGGCGACCACAGUCAACAUCCCAACGAGACCUAUAAAUUCCUCGAUCGUGGCAAAUCUAAAGUUUCUGACAUUGCACCGAUACGGAGCGCAAGACGAUGUGCAGUGUCACGCGUUUGUGCGCACGGCAGAGCAAGAGGGCAGCGGCGCGGGUGCGGAGGGAGACGAGGAAACGUGGCGUCGUCCUCGCGGGCCGCUGCUCGCCGCCACUAACGACAUCAGACUGUAGCACACGCUCGUACUAUCUUGCGAGGAAAUUAUCUCCGUUUAUGUUUCUAGUGUUAACUCAAAAUGGUGCUGAGCGCGGUGUGCGGUGAUGGUGCGAUUGUAAAUUAUUUGAACUAUGGUUGUAUUUAUUGCUAUAUUUUUCGAACUUCUUUUCGUCGACCUGAUGUAUGUGCCUCCUCUAGUUUGUAGUAGUAUUUUUUGAACGAGUGUAUCGAUAUGGUCUAAUAAAUGAUAUGAUAGUGUUAAUACUCAAAUGGUGCCAAGUAUUUUGUGACCCCGCCCUACCGGCGGUUGGACUCUCAUUCCUCUAGCACAGUAAUACUGCGGAGUUAAAUAUAAAUAUACUAAAGAAUUAUAAUAGUUAUUUUUUUCUGUGAUUGGUGUUUAGUACCCAAGAUUGAAUCUAUUGACACAAAGUACCAUACUCUACGUAUUUGUGUAUUAUAUUUUAUGUAAAUUUUAAUGUAGAAAAAUAGUAUAAAACAUCAAAAUAAAGAUUCCUUCCGAGCACCGAUUACUGUAAUAUAAUUAAUUACAUUUUAAUAAAAGCUAAUAUUAUUCGAAAUAAAUAAAUUCUCGCGUAGUCAGGAAUUAAAUAAACAGUAUAAUUGUGUAUAUGUGAUAUAUCGUCCUCUCUUAAUCUUAGAUUAAAUCAUUAAUAGAUUUGUAUUUUACAUUGAUUCAACAUAUAUUGAGAAAUGAAGUGGUUCAUAUAAAUAAUGUAACUUCUGGUUUUAAACGACACUGCUCAUGAAAAGUCUUGCACGUCAAUUUAAUGUACUUAAAAAAUUGAUAUUGUUAACUUUGCUGUCAUAACUAGAAAUCUGUUAUUAAUUGUAUUGAAAAUGAAUAUUCUAAAUGUUAUGAUAUAUAACGGCCUUAGCAUUUCAAUCAUGCCUGCAUCAAUGGCCUUUGGGAACACCACACUUAAUCUGUGAUUCACUUUACAAACUCAGCUGAUAUUUUAUAGUUAUGUUUAUUGUACAAAAAGUUACUUUUUUAUUUAAAAAAACUGCAUUUUAUUUGACUACGAAAAUGUCAAUUUUAUCAGAUUUAAGUUUAAAUAUUAACAGCAACAAACAAAACGAAAAGUUGUUACAAAAUUACAUUGUUGUCAUAUGAAUUUAAAGAAAUAAAUAAUUUUAAGGUAAAAUAUGCAAUGUACAAAUUAAUAUUUCUUUAAAAUAUAUUAUUAUGUUAUUUAUUUCACCUAUUUCACUUUGUUA